CGAACGAAAGGUUUAGGAUGUCGUCUCUGACAUUAUGAAGCGAGAAGAGCACGAUCCAACGGCAGACGAAUGUAAGACGAGGUGGAACACCCUCAAGAGGUGGUACAAGCAAGUGUGCGAUAAUGAUGAAAGGAGCGGGCGUCAGAGUUAUUGGAAAAUGAAUCCUGCUCACAGGGCUGCUGCGAAGCUGCACUUCAGCAUGAGAAGGAGCUGGUUUGAUGUUUACAAUCGAAACAGCCAGACCAUCUCUCCGACGUUCGUACAAGAUCCGGGUGCUGAGGAGGAGGUGCGCCCCUCCCCCCCGCGCAGAGCUGCUGCAGGAGGGGGAGUCCAGGGUGGAGGCGGGGCUGAUGCGGGUCAUGGUGGACCGCCUGCCAACGGAGGAGGGGCAGGCAGAGGAGGGGCAGGCGGAGGAGGGGCAGGCGGAGGAGGGGCAGGUGGAGGAGGGGCAGGUGGAGGAGGGGCAGGCGGAGGAGGGGCAGGCGGAGGUGGAGCGUCUGCCAACAGAGGAGGGGGAACAGGAGGCGAGUCUUCCACUAUGACGGGUGGCACAGGACCAACUCCGCCUACAAAACGCCGGAAAAACACCAACGCCAGGGAGCUAACGACAACCACCACAACUCAAGCCAUGGCAAAGCACACGCGUGCAGUACAAGAGUCAGCUUCAGAACAGAGCAACAGCAGCAGGGCAUGCACCGAGCUACACUGCAACACUUUAACAAACCUGUGUGAUCUCGAACUUCAGGCGUACAGGGACGUAGCUAACUUGACAUGCACAGUGAUGAGAGAAGACAUAUCUGCUCGCGAGAACGGUUAUGCAAUACUUGCUUCUGCUCUCCGUAGUCUGUCGAAGGGUAUAGUUUCCCGAUCACGUCGUGAUCAAUCUCCAUCGUCUGGCGAGUCGUCGUCGUAGUUGGUCAUGUGGGCUGUCCAUGUUCACAAUCACAUAGCCGUU